GGUACGUCUGCAUUUGUCAGCGAGUGCCAUCCAAGUUCGACUCUCCUGCGGCAAGUUCGUGAGGUGAACGCUCCGGCCCGGUUCAGAAGUCUCGUUCGUCGCCACCACACUGCGACCUCACCGACCUCACAGCGCUCAUUCGUCGCCAACGCUCAGAGUUUCUCCCGCCUACACUCUGAGUACCUGCUGAACCAGCUGUGCACUGUUGGGCUGAGUACUUGUCCUACUGCGAGACGGACCAGCAGAGGGGUGGACGGAUCUGACCAUCUGCAAGUCGGUGGUCGUCCCGUGGGACUCCUUUCAGCAGCGCCGUGGUGAUUUGGUCUCGGUGAGAGUGAGGACUGACGAAAAAGUGAAGAGACGUCAUCGUAAUGACGUCUGAGCCGGCGACAAACGAGACUCUCACGCACUGCGACCCGUGCACCGAGCGAUGCACGCGGACCGCCAGUCUCUCCGAGUUCCUCCUGCGCGGCGUGCUGCUCAACUCUGUGAACCUGGUCGGUCUGGUGUGCAACAGCACGUCCGUGUACAUCCUGUCGCGUCCGCCGAUGCGCUCAUCUACCAGCUGCUGUCUGAUCGGGUUGGCAGUUUACGACAUGCUGCUUCUGGCCAGCUCUGUUUUCAUCUGGGGUGUGCCGGCUAUCACCGGGUACACGGGCUACUGGAGGUCGCUCACCGAGGGAGCUAUCCCGGCGGCCACGCCCUGGCUUUUUCCGCUGGCCAACAUCGCUCACACGGGUAGCACGUAUGUGACGGUGGCUGUCACCGUGGAGCGUUAUGUGGCAGUGUGUCAUCCACUCCGUUCACGCAGUGUCUGUACGUACGGCCGCGCCAGGCUUUACAUGUUGAUCAUCAGCGCGCUGGUGGUGCUCUACAACGUGCCCCGUUUCCUGGAGGCGGAGCUGCGGCCGCUGCCGGCACAGGACGGUGCUCCGGACGGGUACACCGUGUGCGCCAGCGCGCUGCGUGCCCACCCAGUCUACAUCGCUGUGUACGUGGUGUGGCUGUACCUGCUGGUCAUGUACUGCCUGCCCUUCGGCACCCUGCUCGUGCUCAACACGCUCAUCUACCGCCACGUGCAGGUGGCCAACCGGACGCGCCAGCUGCUCAGCCGCCAGCAGCAGCGCGAGAUCGGCCUGGCCACGCUGCUCUUCGCCAUCGUGCUGCUCUUCCUAACGUGCAACAGCCUGGCGUUCGUCAUCAACAUCAUCGAGCUGGCUCGGAGCACCAGCAGCUUCGAUCUGGACGGGGCUACCCUCGCUGUACUCACAGACGUCAGCACGUUGCUGGUUAACAUCAGCUCGGCCAGUAACUUCUUCCUCUACUGCAUCUUCGGACGCAAGUUCCGCCGUCUGUUCCUGCGUAUCUUCUGUGGCGCGGUGCGGCGUAAAAUUCGUCAGUGGCGCGCCGCAAACGGCGAGCUGACGACAACGGCGGCCGAGGGCACUGCAGCGGGUGUGGAGGUGCUGCUGCCAAUGGCCCAGAGAAACAGCCGUGUAACGGCUGUGACACGGACAGGUGAAGGAGACGGUGCCGUGACCACGGCCUCGGCCGGGCCGCACAGAGUCACGCGUAACGGACAACGCUGA